AGUUGCUGCUGAGUAGGUCAGACCCAAGCUGAAGCUGAGCUGGGGUUUGAAAGAGGGUGUUCUCCUGUGUUACUUGCUGGAUGUAAUGACUCAGAUGCAGAAAGCAGACAGGUAGGAGGGGUUGGAUGGCUGGGCAGCUCAUAGGGUGUCGAUACCAGCUUCUUGGGUAAAUUGUGUGAAUCGGGGAAUUUGGAACCUGAUCUCCCUCUGCCCAGGUGAUGAACUAGUCACUAUGCUUGAGCUGUUCUGGAAUCUUUCAGGACUAUCCUUUGUACACCAUUGCUUCAUGGCCAGAAAUAGAUAACUUUCUGAUUGCAAAGGUCACCUGGCCCUUGUUGUCUAAAUUCACUCCUGGCGGAUUUAAUAACUUCUCAUUUAGGUGCCUUCUUCUACUCUAUUUAGUUUGGGCGGCUGCUUUGUCAUUCUGGAAGGCUGUGCGUCUGAUAAAGUACUUCUUCCUUGUCAUCUGAUCUUACAGAAGUUUAUGGCUGUACAUAUCUUUGUAAAUAUACUCAUACCUUUUUUGUAGCUGAGGACUUCACUGCAUAGAGAGACUCCUAGACGCGUUUCAAGAUCGUUGUGAACUGAUACAGCUUCAGGCUUUACUGUAAGAGGAAGGCUUUACUGUAAGAGGAAGGUCUCAAGCCCUCCAAUCUCAGCAUGUUGCUUGCUUUGUAUCAGUGUGACUUCUGUGCUUCUUGGAUUUGAAAGACCCACCUGUUGUUAACAAGACAACUGCUGAAACAUGGUGGAUUACUAUGAAGUUCUGGGAGUGCAGAAGCAUGCCUCAGCAGAAGAUAUUAAAAAAGCGUACCAUAAAUUGGCAUUAAAAUGGCACCCUGAUAAGAAUCCAGAAAAUAAAGAGGAAGCAGAGCAACAAUUUAAACAAGUAGCCGAGGCCUAUGAAGUUUUGUCAGAUGCUAAAAAACGUGACAUCUAUGACAGAUUUGGAAAAGAAGGCUUAAUAAAUGGAGGAGGAGGUGGAAGUCAUCAUGAUAAUCCAUUUGAAUUUGGAUUUACAUUCCGUAACCCAGAUGAUGUCUUUAGGGAGUUUUUUGGUGGAAGGGACCCUUUUUCAUUUGACUUCUUCGAAGAUCCUUUUGAGGACUUCUUCGGGGGCAGACGGGGUCCAAGGGGAAGCAGAAGCAGAGCUGGUGGAUCAUUUUUAUCUGCUUUUGGUGGAUUCCCUGCUUUUGGAAAUGCUUUUCCUUCAUUUGACACAGGUUUUACUUCAUUUGGUUCUCUGGGACAUGGAGGCCUUACUUCGUUCUCCUCUACGUCAUUUGGUGGAAGUGGGAUGGGAAACUUCAAAUCAGUAUCAACCUCAACUAAAAUAGUUAACGGCAGAAAAAUUACUACAAAGAGAAUUGUUGAGAAUGGACAAGAGAGAGUAGAAGUUGAAGAAGAUGGCCAGUUAAGGUCGCUAACAAUAAAUGGUGAGGCAAACGAAGAAGCCUUUGCUGAGGAGUGCCGACGGAGAGGACAGCACGCCCUGCCCUUCCAGCCCACCAACACUCGCCUGCUGAAGCCACACAAGCCUGCCAGUUCCCCCAGAUAUGCCUAUCAUUACAAUAGCGAUGAGGUGGAAGAGCAAGAAAAAAGCCGGGUUGCAAGCAGCUUGGAGACCCCCUUUUAUUUAUCAGGAUACAAAGAAGGCAGCAAGAGGAGGAAGCAGAAGCAGAGAGAGGAACAGAAGAAGAAGAAGUCAACCAAAGGGAGUUACUAAAAUGGACAUCUCUGCUAUGCCAAUCCCUUUAUUAAAACGGCAACUUACGUUACAUUUGAGCACACCUCUUCUGUGUAUAUUUUUCGAUUGUUCACACUGCUAGUAAGGAAGUGACUCAUGUUUAAGACUGUACUAAAAUUGCACUAUAUUAUUCUUUUUAGUUUUCACGGAGUGGCUUUCUUGCCAGUCAGGUUAAGGAGUUUGGACGGGGCUGAUCGUGGUUAGAAGUGUGUUAUGUUUGAAGAUCGGAGACUAUUACAGAAUCUCUUACCUCUUCCUUCCCUGGGACUGAAGUUCCCCUCGUCCAGCAUUAAUUUGUUUUGUGGGAUGCAGAGGGUUGUGCAAACGCCUGUUUAUUCAGUCACCCCAGCAUCACCAGCAGGCUUGCUGAAAGAAGAGUUAAGCACCAACCCUGUUCCCUCUGUCACUGGGGGUAGGACUAAGACGUGAGCUCUCUCAUAUGGUAAUUUAUGCAAACUUAAUAAAUGACUUCAAUGUUUUUUAAUUUUUACCACCCAAGCUGGGCAGCAAAGGUUUGUCCCUGCUGUCAGAAUGAUCCUUCAUUUUAAAGCGUGUGAUGAAGUUACAUCCUUUGGUUUUAACCAACUUGGCGUAAUGAUGGUCUGUAAGCACUCCUGCUGAUUUCUGCAACUGUGGUUGACUCCCAAUGAAUCAUUUAGUGAAAUCAUUCCUUAUUUUAAAAUUUUGCUUUCAGAAACUAGAGACAAAUGACCUAAGUGCCACUUUACAACUGCUCUUCCUGCUGAGUAGAUUUUAGAUAAUGAACGUAUUUCAGAAUCCAUGUAAGAUUUUAUCAGGUUGUUUCUGCACAGAACUCACAUCUUUAUGUAUGAAAGCGUUCUGUGCCACUUUUAUUGCAGGAUUUUUUUUUUUUUUUUUUAAUUUGAAAACGUGUCUUCAGUUUAAAGGAAAUCUGUAUUUUCUGCCUAGGUUACUUCCUUGCUUCCCAUAAUUCUCUCAUGUGCAUGAUACAUUGCUUCCCUUAACCUUCUCGUUUGUACAGAGCCCUUCUGUUGCCUUAAGCAUUUACCUGCAUGUUUCCUGUCGAUACGUUGCCUCUCUUCUUAACCUCCAGGCAGGAGUUACCAGCCCAUGGUUUUGUGUUGUUCCUUGUGUCUUCCUCUCGCCAAUGCGCUGUUGAUGUAACAGACUUAAACCUGGCAAUAUUGAAAGUCUGCAGUUCCUGGAGAAACUCACUCAUCCUAAUAGAGCAAUGCAUAUAAUGGUGUAAGGAAGGAGCUAAACGGAAAAAUCAAGUCUGCAUUAUAGCGUGGUUUGAUAUAACAAAUUCUGUGUCUGGUAUCUGAGCAGUUUAGCUUCAAAUACAUGACGUAAUGUAACGCAAACAUAUAACCAUACUGAACUGUUAGGGUAUUUAAAUUAAGCUCAAUAUGAAAUAAGCCUGAGUACCAGUUUUCUGUCACUUAAGUAUCACUCUUUCAUUUUGUGCAGUGUUACUAAUAUUUAAAAAUAAAGAAAAUUCUCCUUUA